AUGGAGGAGCCGGGAUUUUGCACAAAACGUUUCAGUUCAAAGCGGUUCCCGUCGGGCUCCGGCGCCUGCGGGGUAAGGCCGCCCUCCGGUGCCGGGGGUGUCCCCGGGCCGGAUCCGGGGGGACUCCCCCACGGGGGUCGGGGCAGCACUGGGGGCUCGGGCAGGCACACGGGGCUGCUCCCCACGCCCGAGUUUGUCCUGCCCUCUGCACGACGAGGUAGGUGGAACUUAACCACCGACCCAAGCAGCCCCCGGAGCAGAGUGGGGACUUUCCAGAGGGAUCCGAGUCCCAGCCAUUCCUACACUGCGGCCCGGGGCGCACGGGCAGCUACCAGAGGUAGUUUUGGGAAGAGGAAGGAGCCCGCUCCGUUCCCAAAGCCCCAGCGAUGGGGGCUGUGCUCAGGAUGCCCCAAUGUCGCUCCCAGAUCAGGACCAGCAGCAGCCCCGAAGUGUCUGAGGAGCGCAGGAUCCCAGAGACCCCUCUUGGGGAAGGCACCGUCCCAGGCCCUCCCAAAUCCUGGCGAGAACAGGGCGGGACAAGGCACAUCAGCCUGGGGGAUGUCACACCCUGCUCUUCAUCAUCCACGGACAAGAGCAGCCCCUCAGCAGCCACAGGAGCCCCGAGGGGCAGCACCAGGCUGGGGGUGUCACUCUGGGUUCCCCCAGAGGCAGGACCAGGCUGGGGGUGUCACUCUGGGUUCCCCCAGAGGCAGGACCAGGCUGGGGGUGUCACUUUGAGCCCCCAGAGCGUCAC